AUGUCGAUUAAAGUCGGUGGAGCAUUCCGGCGCUCGGGUGGCAUUGUUUCAGCCAUCGGAAAACAGCUCAAACUGGUCAACCUGAAAGCGGUGCAACGCAUCACGGUUAGCUUCGACCCGUUCGACGAGAAUACCAUCCCAACGAGGGAGUUUGUGCAUCACCUUUCGGCACCGAAAAUAUCACAAACAAACCCAACCUGCGUGCUUAAAACAGAGGUAGUCUGUGACCGAAGGCCACCAUCCGUUGUCUUUCAGCUUAUACCAUCGGUACAGGCGGAAGCAAAGCUGAAAAAGAUCGAACUGAGCAGCGCCAACUUGUCCACGCUAGAGUUGCUAAAGCUCUGCAACAAGCACGUGAGCGCCCUGGCACCGAAGGAAAUAGCAACCAGCGUAGUAAAGACCAAAUCGGAGAAAAAGGCCGGUGGCGGCGGUGCAGGCAAGCGUCGAUAA